AUGUCGCACGAUCGACCGUUGUUCAGAGGGCACCCUUUGCAAUCGAUCGCAGCAGCGGCUGGUGCUGCUCUCGUCGCAAUCGGACUUGCACGGGCGAUCCCUGCUGCUACUCACUUGCAUCAAGACUUCUAUAGCCUUACUCAGACGACGGUGGCUGUGCUUGCACUGGCCUGCAUGGCCUUCCUUGUCGUAAUGCACCACAGACAGGACGGCCGUUUCCUCUCCCAAACUCAAGAGGAGCUGAUCCUGAUCGUCGGUUUCGGGCUCCUCUGCCUGGCCGUCGUGGUCGCGAGCCGGGCAUACAGGGAGCAGCCUGUCGGCAUCGGGAGGGCUUCCGGGGCGGGCGUCGGGAGCUCCAGGAAAGAAGCCGGCGUGACGGGUGGGAAGAGGCCCUAUCCGUGUUCGAACGACGCCGUCGCGUGUGUUGUCGAGGAAUGGUCUUGGUUUUGA